AUGAGCCCAACGACAGUCAUGACCUCCGUGCACGACGUAUCAGCCAAGGUGGCCAUUCGUAAGUUCAACGGCGACAACUACACCACGUGGAUCCGUUACAUGCGUGGCGUGUUCCUCACCAAGGCAGUAUGGCAUGUCGUGAACCGUGAAGUCUCCCCUACGUUUGCGGAUGCUCGUGCAUCGGACGAAUACGCGAGAACAAGUUACAUCGCGUUUGGAUUGAUGCUUCUGCACAUUGACGCAAACUAUCACCAUGUUGCUGACGACUGUGAAGAAGCCUGGGUUGCAUGGACGCGUAUCAAGACGCUAUACGGCGGGUCACAGAAGGGUGGUCGAAAGUACCUGAAGCGACAACUCUUUAGCAUAGAAAUGGCCGAAGGAGGGAACGUUUUGCAUCACUGCAACUAG